AUGGCCUUUGUGCUCACUUUGGUUCUUAGUCUCAUCAAACUGGGGUCAGGUCAGUGGCAGGUAAUUGGACCUGACAAGACUGUCCAGGUCUCAGUGGGGGAGGAUGCAGUGUUCUCCUGCUUUCUAUCUCCUGAGACAAGCGCAGAGGCCAUGGAAGUGCGCUUCUUCAAGGAUCAUGUCUCUGCUGUGGUCCACCUCUACAGGGAUGGGAAUGAUGAGCCCUAUAUGCAGUUGCCAGAAUAUCAAGGAAGAACUGAGUUGGUGAAGAACUUCUUAGAGGAUGGGCAUGUCUCCCUGAGGCUGAAGAAGGUAACUCUCUCAGAUGUUGGUCUCUAUGGAUGCUGGUUCAGUUCCCACACUCAUGACCAGGAGGCCAUCUGGGAGAUGCAAGUGUCAGCACCUGGCUCAGCUCUUCUCAUUUCUUUCAUGGACUAUGUUGGUGGAGACAUCCAGCUGCUGUGCAAGUCCUCAGGCUGGUUCCCUGAACCCACAGUGAAGUGGAAAAGUCCAAAGGGACAUGAUUUACCCUCAGACUUGAAAGUGAACACAGAUGUGCAUGGCUUGUUUGAUGUGGAGACCGCCUUUAUAGUCAAGGAAAAUUCUGGAAUCAUAUCAAUUUCCAUACAGCAAAAUGAAGAGAAACAAGGAGUGGAAUCCAGGGUACAGAUAGCAGAGACUUUUUUCCAGCCCUCACCCUGGCGCCUGCCGUCUAUUUUACUGGGAGUACUCUGCUUUGUCCUGUGUAUUGGUGUCACUGGUCUAGGAAUUUUCCUCUACAAAUCCCAAGAGAAAAACCAGACAGAAUUGGACUGGAGAAGGGAAUACAAACAAGCAGAAUGGAAAGAGGCCCGGAAACAUGCAGUGGAGGUGACUCUGGAUCCAGAUACGGCUCAUCCUCAGCUUGGGAUUUCUGAUCUGAAAGCUGUGACUUAUAUGAUUUUUCACCAGAGUGUGCCCUACUCAGAGAAGAGAUUCUGGAGGAAAUGUGUGGUGGCGUCUCAGGGUUUCCAGGAAGGGAAACAUUACUGGGAGGUGGACGUGGGACACAAUAAACAGUGGGGGUUGGGCAUCUGCCGGGAUGAUGUUGACAGAAAGAUGUAUUUUGAUAUUUUGUCUCCCAAAAAUGGGCACUGGGUGCUGAGACUGGGUAAAGAACAUGAGUAUUUCACAUUGAGUCCUGAUAGAAUUGACCUAUCUCCGAGAAUCCCCCCUACACGAGUGGGGAUCUUCCUGGACUAUGAAGGUGGGUCCAUCUCCUUCUUCAAUAUAAAUGAUCAGUCCCUCAUUUGUACCCUGGAACAUGAAUUUGAAGGGUUAUUGAGGCCUUACAUCCUGCGUGAAGCAUAUGGUGCAACUCCCAUAUUCAUCUGUCAUGUGCCCCAGAGAUCGGAGGAAGAAGACCCUUCUCAAAGGACCUCCAGAACCCCAAACACAGACAACUCAGACUCCUCUGCGCAGGUGACCACACCCUUCCUUUCUGGGAGUGAUGCCCAGAGGGACUAACUCCUCACACUACCCUCUAGGACACUGGGGUUUCUCUCAGGCUCCAGAAUUGGGCAGCAUCAGCAGAGAUGGCUUCAGGUGAAGGGAAUUCAUACUGCCCUGAGGUGGGGAGGGAAGAA